UGUCAACUGUCAUAGCGAAUUUAUUUUCUACUUCCCAUUCCUAACCUUAUUUUCAGCAUGUUAUCAUAAAAUUUGUUUGAGAAACGUUAACUACGGAGACUACUGACUAAUUAUAAUAUUCACUGAUUUUGUUCGGUUGAAACCUUAUAUACCAAUUUACUUGCUAUUAGAAAAUAUUAUUUUAUUUUAGUAAAGGUUUGCUUUCUUGUACUAUGUCGAAUAAUAUGGAAGAACAAAUGGAUGCCAGCAGCAGUGAAAGUGAAGAUAAUGAUAUGGAGGAAGAAGAAGAUAAUAAUGGAGAAGCGCCUAAAACUUAUCUUCCAGGAGAUCCUUUAAAGGAUGGAGAGCAACUAGUCUGUGACCAAUCCGCUUAUGUGAUGCUUCAUCAGGCCCAAACCGGCGCCCCGUGUCUUAGUUUCGAUAUUAUAACAGACAAUUUGGGAUAUGAUCGAGAUCAAUAUCCUAUGUCGGCAUACUUAAUUGCCGGCACCCAGGCUUCAAGUGCACAUUUAAAUAAUUUAUUGGUAAUAAAAAUGUCAAACUUACAUUCUACUUCAAAAGGUGAGGAUGAUGAGGAAUCUGACGAUGAAGAUGACGAUGAAGAGGAAGAUGAGGAGAAGAAACCUCAAAUGACAUUCUCAUUCAUUAAACAUCAGGGCUGUGUUAACAGAAUAAGGACAGCAAAUUUCAAGAAUUCUGUACUUGCAGCAAGUUGGUCUGAAUUGGGCAGGGUAGACAUCUGGAAUGUAACACAACAAUUACAAGCUGUAGAUGAUCCAGUACUACUAGAAAGAUAUAAUCUAGACACCGUAACAAAUCCUGUUAAACCUGUAUACUCCUUCAAUGGCCACCAGCAGGAAGGUUUUGCCAUUGAUUGGUGUGCAUCAGAACCUGGUGUUUUGGCAACAGGUGACUGCAGGAGGGAUAUACAUAUUUGGAAACCAAAUGAAGCAGGCACAUGGGAUGUAGACCAAAGGCCUCUUGUAGGUCAUACUAGCUCUGUUGAAGAUAUACAAUGGUCACCUAAUGAACGAAAUGUGUUGGCAACAUGUUCUGUGGAUAAAACAAUAAGAAUAUGGGACACGCGAGCAGCACCCCACAAAGCUUGCAUGCUCACAGCAAACAACGCACAUGAAAGUGAUAUCAACGUCAUAUCCUGGAACAGCAAAGAGCCGUUUAUAGCCAGCGGUGGUGACGAUGGCUUUCUUCACAUAUGGGAUUUGAGACAAUUUACCACUAGUACCCCAGUCGGUACAUUUAAACACCACACUGCGCCAGUUACGUCAGUUGAAUGGCACUGGACUGAGCCCAGUGUUUUGGCCUCGGCUGGAGAGGACAAUCAAGUUGCACUUUGGGACCUAGCAGUCGAGCGUGAUGACGACGAAAUCAUUGAUGAAGAACUUAAGAAUCUGCCUCCACAAUUACUCUUUAUCCAUCAAGGUCAAAAUGACAUAAAAGAAUUACAUUGGCACAAACAAAUACCAGGAGUAAUAGUGACUACUGCUCACACGGGGUUCAAUAUUUUCAAAACAAUCAGUGUAUGAAAUAAAAAAAAAUUUAGGCAGAUCUUUUAAUUUAUUUCACUUAAAUAUUAACCAUGAUUUAAUAAUUAAUACAACAAAAACAGUUAUUAUACAAAAGAGUAUGG